AUGGUAGAGAAAUCUAGUCAAACGUGUGCCGGAGCGGCUGAACGUAGCGGUGGUGAAGUCACCAGGAGGGAUGAUUCCUCACCUGUAGUCCUGGGUGCAGCCUCUGGAGCCCCGUUGGCCAAUCCAACAAGCCAGGGCCCUGCCAUAAGCGGUGGCAAUGAGGACUUCAUGUCCACAGAAGAAGGAGAAGAACUGCCUUCUUUGGGUUGUCCCUGA